AUGUCUGACGCUGUACCUGCACCCAAGGAUCUCACCUUGCAGGAGGUCUCUGAGCACAACACCAAGGAUGAUCUCUACCUGAUUCUCGAAGACAAGAUCUACAACUGCUCCGACUUCGCUCAGGAGCACCCCCCAUCCGAAACGAAUGAACAAGCGAGAGAAGAAGAGGAAAGCAAAGACAACAAGAAAACCCAAUUCGACCUCUUCACUCGUUUCCCAUCGCUUCACCCCACCCCAGAUUACAUCCCAGAACCGGCUAACCAAUCCCACAGCGGUGGUGAGGAGGUCCUCCUCGAUCUCGCCGGCCAGGACUGCACCGAAGCCUUCGACGAUGUCGGCCACAGCGACGAGGCGCGCAUGAUCUUCGACGACCCCAAAAAGAUUAAGUUCAUCGGCAACGUGAAGCGCAUGCCCGGUGACCCCACGCCUAAGCCCAAGGUCACUGCCUCCGUGGACUCUUCUUCCUCGGCCUCUGGCUUCGGCGUCGGCCUCUACGCUGUCAUCCUCAUCGGUGGUGCUAUCGCAUACGGCGCAUACAACUACCUCCAGGCGCAGCAGGCUCAGCAGCAGUAA